AUGGAGUUUUUUGGAUGCUCGCUUCGAUGGGCGAGGAAGUGCAAUGUAGGCAAGGCAGUUGGCUUACUUGGUGGUGGUGAGGGAGGAAACGUUGUUACAGGCACGACGACGACGGUUGUACAGGCUUUGAGUGAAGCUGAGGCCGAAGACGUGGUAGAUGGAGAUGCUGCGGUUGAGCAGGCGCAGUUGGGAAUAUUGCUCGAGCAAUUGUCUUUCUCGAUACUUGAUUCCAAAGUUGAUUUUGGGAAUGCAGCUGAGUUGGAAUACUCUGGCUGGUGCACUGAAGGUGAUACUGCAGAAUCCAGAGCUGUAGAAGUAGAAUCCCGCUCAACUGAACUAGAUCGACUUGAUGUGCUGUCUGAGCUGGAUGCAGGGAUAAUCGAAGCCCCGACUCGAAACAUGGAGGCGCUCGAUGAGACCGAGUUGCAUGCUGUGUUUGCCGGUGGAUAUGCCGUAUUGCUGUUCCUAGGCCUCGACGAUGCACUCGGUACUGUUAUUGCAGGAGAUGCAGUUCCUACAUAG